AGGGUUGUCCUUUUCUCUUGUUCUUUUAUAAGCAGCAGAGUUUACUAGCUAGCCCCUUAAGCUGGAAGUGAAAUAAAGGGCUAAUAAGACUGGCGUGGAUUCUACCUCUCUCAACAGAAGAUGAAAGCUGCACUCUGCCUUAUCAUCUUGGUCAUCUGUUUAGGAACAGCUUAUUGCCAAGGGGUGUCAUAUGCAAAGACUUGUUCCUUCUGCCACCCUACUGCUGGGGUGUGCUCCCUGAAGGCAGGUUUUGUGACAUGCACCUGUGCCUCUGGUUACAUUGGUAAUGGUGUGAAUUGCACUCUUAUGUCCUACUGUGGCUCUGUAUCAUGCUGUCCUCAGGGCUAUGCCUGGAAUACAGUUAGCAAGGCCUGUGUUGAUAUUAAUGAAUGCAAUGAUAACACACUGAACAAGUGUGUGCCUUCAUCAACUUGUGUGAAUAAAAAUGGUAUCUACCUGUGUAAUUAUAACAGAAGUAUUAAUUGCCCCACUAGUGCCUGCUCCUAUGACAUGGACUGUGUAAACAUCAAUGGAGUCGAACAGUGUGCUGAUCCUUGUUUGAAUUAUCAGACACUGAAUGGAUCAAGCAGAUUGGCUACACUUGACUCUGCCGGUAUAUUCCAAACUGACAGAUACAACUUUGGCUGGUUCCGUUACAAUGGAAACAUUGGACUAAGAAUGAUUGAGGGUUGUGUUAAUAGCUUGAAAUGUGGAUCUGCAGAGCCCUUUAGUCUUGGUGGCAAACACCCAGUCAUUGGUGAUGGAAUUCAGCUGGUGACACUUAAAAAAAACUCAUUAACAGGCUGUGUAAACUCUUCAACAAUCCCCGUUAAAGCCUGCUCUGAAGGAUAUUAUGUCUAUAAGUUCACAGGCAGCCUACAGUUUGAUGUCUAUUGCACAGAUCCAAACUUUACUAUAAGCUCUACAAUUCCAACAAAAGCUCCUUCUACCACACCUGCUGCAACCACCACACCUGCAACAACCACCACACUUGCUACAACUACCACACCUACCACGCCUACCGUAACUUCCCUACCUUCAACUAGUAGCCAAGCUCCAACUGUCACAUCACUUUUCACUUCCCCGGAUAUCUUCACAUCAGGCAGACAAACAACAGUUUUCACCAGUCCACAGUUUUCCUCUUCUGUGUUUACAACAAACCAUCCUAAUACAUCGUCACCAGUGUCAGGCCAAAAUAUCACUGUAACUACAAUAAAAACUACCAACACAAUGGCCACCACAAGCAAAACUCAGUUAGUUAAUAGCACAGAGAUCGCAACCUUGGAAGUGAACCAAACAACCAAUAUAUUUACUGAAGUUAAAGUAAUAACCCCUAUUACUGUCCAAGUUAGAACCAACAGUUCAUUGUUUCAGUCCACUGCGCUUUUCAAAUUAGUAGAUGGAGUGCCAUUGACAUUUACAAACACUCAACCUCCUAACUGGACAGGCUGUGAACAAGCAUAUGCCAACUCACAGCCGUUCCAGUCUCAGCUCUACAACAGCACACCAGUGCAAACUACAACCACCACUGAAACCACCUCUGUAGAUGGAAAGGAUUUCCGCAGCACAACCACAACAACCACCACUACAACAGAAGAGGUCAUUGUGGCAGUUCCUAACUCAACCUUCCCUGAAACCACUACUGUUAUUUUUUAAUUCAGUCUGAAAAUGCAGGUAAUUAAAUUAUCAUUCUGGUUUUGUUUGGUCUAAUUUGCACCUUAGCCCCCUAUCUGCCACUUAGUAACUGCACUGAUAUUUAUGUUUGGCCAGUGUAUGUGCUCACAUUAUAGUCCCCUAUAUCUUACAGUUUCUGUGCUACCCACUUCCCUUUAUUUUAUUGUUAUGUGGGAAGCUAGGAAUAUUUAUGGACCUGCAGGCAAAGCCUCAGCACUGGAAUACACUUCUAAGUAUGUUAAAGUCUAUGCAACUGUACCACUACAAUUAUUGUAAUUAUAUUAUUGACAAGCUAAAUAACCAAAUUAUAAUAAUAAAGUCCUUUUUGGAUUGCA